CUUGAAUACCCCCCAAGCUCGCAAACUUCCACUCACAGUCAGCUAAUCACACUGGCCCGUUCCCGUACCGAAGCCCGAAGGUGGCAGCCUGAACUCACAGUCUACGCGUACCUAAGUGCGGCCAACAACCAAAAAACUCCAAGCAUCUCGUCUAACGACUAAUGGUGACCGCUUUCAACCCGGCAUCACCUCCUCUACAUACCUUUCUUCUACGGGCCACCGCACUCUUUCCUCUAUUCUGUGAGAUAUUUGAUAGCCAUUUUUUAUGCGAUAGCAUCUGGGUGUUCCCCCCUCCUUUUGUGUUUGGAUCCACAUGCCGUUCGUUACCAUUGUCCGUGUGACAUCACGCGGAGUCGUCUCCCGUUGCUCCUAAACAUUGGCCACGUCGCAGCACGACAAUUGGAUUCGACUCAGCCUUGGACGUGCCUUGAAUGGCCGCAGUGUCUGCCCAAUCCUCUCCCCAUGUCGCCCCUACGAUGCCCGAACCCUCUCCCCAGCUGAAGGGUCUCAAGAAAGUUCUCUCCAACAGGCGCCGUUCGUCUGAACUCGUGGGGGACGAGAUCAUAAAAGAUUUGCGCACCGACUCCCUUGAUUCCACCACACUGGACAAAUCCCCCACAAGACAAAGUGCUCGCUCUAUCAGUCAAGAUGGGAGCAGCAAGUCUGGCAGUAGUGGAGUGCGCAAACUGCUACCGGGCCACAGUAAGCGACAGAGGAGGAAGCAGCGCGAACUGGAAUUGAAGGCUGCGGUCGAAGACUUGGCAAGAGGAAGAACUGGUACUGGGUUGAGUGUGAAGUCUCUUCCAGCACCGUUGAGCAGGAGAGGGAGCAGCCAGGGUGGUGAUGGCGAUACCAGUCUCCUUACAGACGACUCAGAGGUCGAAACGCCUCCUCUGGUCACGCGCGACUCUCACACCGGCUUCGCGUCCAUGUCCUCGCCUUUAAUAUCUACAACGACCACACGCAGCGAUGGUGAACUACUACAGAGCCCCACCAAAGAGCUAUCGAUGAGCAGCAUCCCGACCCUCAUCGAGCCUAUAGGGGAUGACCAUUCUCCCUCGCCCAAGACUGCAACUCUGCCGGACUCUCCUCUAGCCUUGUCCUCUCCCGCUGGGUUGAUUGACCGAGCAGAUACCCUGAAACCAGAAUCUCGUCGUGACAGUAUAGGCAGGCUUCGAGGCAAAUCACCAGGAAGGAGGUUUAGGGAUGUCUUCGGUAAGCCAAGCAGGAGUCCUAGAGCCAGCCCCGAGCGGAAGGAAAUCGAGCCGGUUGUUGGAAUCACCAGCAAUGAAAGCCUUACGACAGAUUCGAAAGUUAGUGGAGAGCCAAAACCGCCUGAACCCACGGUAAGGGUUCAUCCAGCGCCAAAUAUUCCCCAGACCAAUUCAAUGCCAAACCUCGAAAGUGCUCUCCGGCCUCUGACGCCUCCUGCCGCCCUUAUUAGCACUCCGCUUACAACCGUUACUCCUCCUACACCUACUGACACUCGUUUUGACGCAACGACGGCGUCUCCAAGUACGGACAAGCCAGAACCCAAGACCGCAUCACAAGGCUCGAAUAUUGUGGUGAGUCCCUCUGGAAACAUGAUAUCGCACCGGAGGAUCCGUUCAACUUCUUCCAUCACCCAUCAGCCCAGCAAGCUCUCCACUUCGGUCACAGCCCCUCUGACGCCCACUUCGGAGGAGAAGAGAACGCCGUCGGGAGGUAUAUUCUCAUCUUGGGUCUCCGCGGCACAGAAUGCCGCGUCGACCAUCACGAACCUGACGGGGCAGAGCCGAAAUCGCUCCGGUACUAACGCCUCAGACGUCACUACCAAACAGAAACCUAUCGAGGAACCCAUCAAGGAAGAGGAAGAAGAUGAAGCCCUUGAGAAGGAAGUGCCACGCAAGCAGUUGGCAGUGGAGACACUGGGCUCGGGAGACUUGAACUUUGAAGAUCUGGGUCUGAAUGCCGAGGAUAAGAACGCCUCCUCUACUAGGCCUGAUAUGACAGAUUCCAGGAGAGAUGUCACGGCGGAAAAGGAGGAGGUUGCUGCUAAAGUGGAAGACGCUCUGGCGAAACGGGCUGUUUCGGCUGCGUAUGAGAAACCGUCAAAUACGACAACUCCUGUGGCCGAAAUACCUGAUCCCGUUGGUAAUAGCAUGAGGCAUGCACAAGCGAUUGCGGCGGCAACCAGUGGCGAAAGGACGCCUCCCAAUGGCAGUGUUUUCGAAGCUGAAUUGGGCUCGAUCAAACGAACAGGGAGUGUUCGCAGCAGAAUUGGAAAACGAAGAUCUCGUGGAUCGUCCACAGCUACUGGUCAAUCCGCAAUCGGUGCCAUUAUAGGCGCGAGUACCGCGACAUUGGCCAACCCAGCCAAAGGGCCUCGAUUAACGGGAUUCACAAUGGCUCCGAAGCAACGCAAUCGAAACUUCCACCAACAGUUUCGGAGUGUUCCUGAAGACGACUAUCUGAUCGAAGACUACAGCUGUGCCCUGCAAAAGGAGAUCUUACUCGCUGGGAGGAUCUAUAUUUCUGAAGGUCACAUAUGCUUCUUCAGCAACAUUCUUGGGUGGGUGACGACGGUGGUGAUUUCGUUCGAGGAGGUCGUCAGUAUAGAGCGAGAGAACACGGCUGUCGUGUUUCCCAACGCCAUCGCCAUCCAGACAUUACAUGCUCGCCAUACCUUUCGAAGCUUAAUCUAUCGGGAACAGACUUACGAUCUCUUGAUUGGGAUUUGGCGCGUCAGCCAUCCGGCAAGCUUCCAAAAGAGCAUGAAUGGCAAGCAAUUAGCCGCAGAAGAGGCUACGGGAGCCUCUGUGGUAGAGAAUGGAGCCAGUGCUCAGCCGAGUGAUGGUAGCUCGACCGAGGAAUCUGGUUCGGAAGGAGACGAGGAUAGCGCUCCAAGUCUUCUAGAAAGCAGUGCGAGCAACGCCGGUAGCGAGCUCGUGGAUGGUAAAUCGGUGUCUAGGAAACCGUCCGGUAUGAACGCAAGUGCUGUUGCACAGACGGCCAGCAUCCUUGCCGGAACAGCAGCCACUGUUCCACAACCACUUGCUGCUCAAGCUGGAUUGCCGGAGGCAGCAAAUGACUUCCCGGGUCCGGCGAGUCACGCUCCCACCGAAUGCUCGGACAGUGCUACACAUUACGACAAGAUCAUGAAGGACGAAGUCAUUCCGGCUCCACUGGGAAAGAUAUAUUCUCUGUUGUACGGCCCCGAGUCAGGCUUCUUUGUGCGAAAAUUCUUGGGCGAUGAAUGCAAAUGUACGGACAUUGUUUUCGAGGACGACAAGAAGGGGUUGAACCACGACAUCAAAAGCAGGCAGUACUCAUAUAUCAAGCCGCUCGGGGGAAGUAUUGGCCCGAAACAAACCAAAUGCAUCACGACCGAGAAUUUGGAUUUCUUCGACCUUGAAAAAUCGGUGAGCAUUACAUGCACUACGCAGACUCCUGAUGUACCAAGUGGCAGCGCGUUCAGCACCAAAACUCGCUACUGUCUCUCGUGGGCUCCUGGCAACGCGACGAGAUUCCAAAUGAACUGCACGGUUGAAUGGACGGCCAAGUCCUGGCUGAAAGGACCUAUUGAGAAGGGCGCGAAUGAAGGCCAGCAGCAGUACGGCGAUAGCCUGGUUAAGGUCCUUAAAGGUGCGGUUAGCGGCCGCCCUAGAGGGACGACGAAUGCCAGCAAAGGGUCGAAAUUGACCAAGAAGAAGCGCAAAGGGGAGAAGAAGAGCAAAGAGGAAAAGAUCGAAGAAGAGAAGAAACAAGCAGUGAAUUGGGGAAUUUUCGAGCCUUUACGCCCGUUGUUACCCGUCAUCGACAUGUUGAGACCAGUCAUGAAAAUGGAGGUUGUGGUUGCAAUCCUUUUCAUCAUGGUUAUGUUGAUGUGGGUGCGUGGCCCGGCUGGAACAACUCAGCUCAGCCCAUACAAAUCGCAUACGGAGCGACUGGCGGCGUACGACUCUCUCUGGUCGAGGGAGGAAAACGAGUUCUGGGACUGGCUGGAGUCUCGCGCCAGCAUUGACACUAUUUCGCUGCGUGAAAAGUCUGCCACCAGUUUCGGCCGACCAAACAAAGAUGAAAACCGCGAUACUGCGAAACAGAGGCUGACACAGAAGCAAAGGCAAAAGAGGAGCAGGUCCUCGGCGGGACAGGAUGUGGAGGCCAGAAUCAAGGAAGAAAAGUUCAGCCAAAGAGAAAUGGAGGACGCCAUCAAAGUCACAAAGGAGAGAUUGGAAAUUCUCGAAAAGGUCAUGGAGAAGAACAAGCAUCGACAAUGAUAGCAUAACACUGUUGCACUUCCAUUCCUGGUUCAUCCUUCGGGGUCAGGGCUGGGUACAUUGCGCAUGGUAAAGCACGACAGAAAGGCUCGGGGCGGUUGGGCAUCACCAGGGUGGUUCACGGGCGGCUCCUUUGGAUACAGAGAAAGAGAGAGAGAGUAAAUGGGAAAGGAUGGGAAAGAAUCCGGAUGAUUUGUUGUUUCUACUUUGGGAGGGUUCAAGGAAAAGAACACAUACAUGGCUUUGGGUGUCAGAUGUUCUAUCCAUGACAGCGGCUCUUUGUACGGCGUAUUGAGCCCAAUAUCAUUCACUUUGUGCCUCUCUGUCCUUUUCCUCCUGAGAAACGGGGGUAGACUCGAGUUGAUAGCAACAUGGUCGAGGUAGGUAGGUAUGUGUGGGUAAGAUGCAGGAGCAUCAAAGAGAUGGUGUCGGGUAGAGUCACCUAGGGCAGAACCAAAGAUAGAGCGUAUUGCGAACAGUUGCAUUUCUGAGGAUGGAUGGGC